GCUCCAAGUUCCCGCCAGGCCGGAGCUGGGCUGAGACGAUGCUGCCUGGCCCGCCGUGGCGCUGAGGCUGCCAAGAACGCCCUUUGGAAGCUUGGAGACAGCGUGGAGCCCCGGCAGCCAUGUCCAUCUCUCAGCCAUUCUCUUUCGGGUCCGGGACGCUGGGCUCCACCACCGUGGCGGCUGGCGGCACCGCCACGGGCGGCGGUUUCACCUUCGGGACCGGGGCGUCCAGCAACCCUUCUGUGGGGCUCAACUUUGGAACUCUGGGAAGCACUGCAACUCCUGCAACCACAUCUGCUGCCAGCGGUUUUGGAACUGGGCUCUUUGGAUCUAAACCUGCCACUGGACUCACUCUGGGAGGAUCCAACACAGGAAUAGCAACAACUUUAACUUCAGGAUUAACUCUGGGAGCGCCAGCGACUACGUCUGCAGCGACCUCAGGCUUCAGCUUGGGCUUCAGUAAGCCCGCGGCGUCUGCCACGCCCUUUGCUCUGCCUGUGACAACUACCUCAGCCAGUGGUCUCACUCUUUCUUCUGCCCUGACAUCAACCCCCGCAGCAUCCACAGGGUUUACUCUGAAUAAUUUGGGUGGAACAGCCACAACUACCACUGCAUCCACAGGCCUGUCGCUAGGCGGUGCUUUGACUGGUCUGGGAGGAUCGCUUUUCCAGAGCACGAACACAGCAACAUCAGGUCUUGGUCAGAAUACUUUAGGUUUGACUUUGGGAACUGCACCCGCUACUUCAACUGCAGGCAGCGAAGGCCUUGGCGGGAUAGAUUUUAGCAGCUCAUCAGAUAAAAAGAGUGAUAAAACAGGAACAAGGCCAGAGGACAGCAAAGCCUUGAAGGAUGAGAAUCUGCCUCCUGUCAUCUGCCAGGAUGUUGAAAACCUGCAGAAAUUUGUCAAGGAACAAAAGCAAGUUCAAGAAGAAAUUAGUAGGAUGUCCUCAAAGGCAAUGCUUAAAGUGCAAGAAGAUAUUAAAGCCCUGAAGCAGCUUCUGUCGUUGGCUGCCAGCGGGUUGCAGAGAAACACUCUCAAUAUUGACAAAUUGAAGGUGGAGACUGCUCAGGAGUUAAAGAAUGCUGAAAUAGCUUUAAGAACCCAGAAAACACCACCUGGACUUCAACAUGAAAAUACUGCUCCUGCUGACUACUUCAGAGUCUUGGUUCAACAGUUUGAGGUGCAGCUUCAGCAGUACAGGCAGCAGAUUGAAGAAUUAGAAAACCAUCUUGCCACUCAGGCAAACAAUUCACACAUAACCCCACAAGAUUUGUCAAUGGCAAUGCUGAAAAUUUAUCAGACAUUUGUAGCUUUGGCUGCACAACUUCAGUCUAUCCAUGAAAAUGUUAAGGUGCUCAAAGAACAAUACCUCGGCUACAGGAAGAUGUUCUUGGGAGAUGCUGCCGAUGUGUUUGAAGCCAGGCGAGCAGAAGCCAAGAAAUGGCAGAAUGCACCCCGAGUUACCACUGGGCCCACACCUUUCAGCACCAUGCCAAAUGCAGCAGCCGUUGCCAUGGCUGCAACACUCACACAGCAGCAGCAGCCUGCUCCAGGGCCACAGCCGUCUCUGGGAGUUAGUUUUGGAACGCCAUUCGGCUCAGGUAUUGGCACUGGCUUGCAAUCAAGUGGCUUAGGUUCUUCAAACCUUGGAGGAUUUGGAACUAGCUCUGGUUUUGGAAGCAGCACCACAGGGGCCUCCACAUUUGGAUUUGGAACAACAAAUAAACCCUCAGGAAGUCUUAGUGCAGGCUUUGGCAGCUCAAGUGCCUCCGGGUUUAACUUCAGCAAUCCGGGCAUCACGGCAUCAGCUGGCUUGACCUUUGGGGUGUCCAAUCCUGCGUCUGCGGGCUUUGGAACAGGAGGACAGCUCCUGCAGCUGAAGAAGCCUCCAGCUGGAAACAAGAGAGGGAAAAGAUAAUCACGGGGGUUGACGCGUGAGAGUCCGUAGCAGCACCGUUAAUUCCAUGAGUCUAUUUUUCUAAUGAUGCAGUGAUUAAACUGCAUUCCAAGAGAUUUAUAAAGUUUUGAUAUUUUUCCCUACUCUGGAAGUUGACAUUUGUUCAUGUUUGCCAUACUGAAUAUCUUGUGGAUUUAAAACCCAGUUGCAUUGUUUUCGUUAUUUUGAUUCUCUGUGUUAGAAAUGUUCUAAUUAUGUCACUGAUAAUAGAAGAAACCAUUAACCUAAAACCUACUAUUUAACCUAGUACUGAUAGCAGUGUUUGUUGUUGAGGUUUCCAUGGUGUGAAUAUUCAUGCACAUUGUUUCAGGGCCUAUAUUAGAAACAGUGGGCUCUGACAAAGGCCUUCUGAACUACACUGCAGGGCAUCUUGUGAAUAUCUAUGUAAAUAUACAGAGGACAAUACGCACAAUUGUGUGCACACAUUCACAGACCCACAACUUCUGCCUCAGACUGUUCUGUUUUUAGGGGUACUCGAUUUUUCACCUUUUAAAACCUUCAAAUUCUCAGUUCUGAUAGAGUGACGAUUUAGAGGAACUAGAUGGUUGCAGUUGUUCAUUUAAAGACUACAAGAAGUGAUUACUGGACUAAAUAUUGGAUCAGCUUGGCUUCAUUGCCCCAAAUCUUCCAUUUGUUGUCUCCAUCUCAGUCUUCAGCAGCUACUCUAAAUGAGGAAUGUUCUAAGACCUGUCGAACAGACUUUACCAACUUUUAUUAUCCCUUAUAUCCCCACGUGGCUUCUGUGGGAGUUUUCAUAGCUGAGCUGGUCCUCCAGGCUGGUGUGCUGGGGACAGAGAGCCGCAAAGCCAAGGGGAUUCUCUGCAGGUGCAAUGAGGACCUUGCUAGCUGUUGGUAGUCACACCAAAUGGAGGGGCUUCUUGCCUCUCAACAUCUCCAAUAAGUGCUUAAUGUGAGAUAGAAAAACCAUAUAUUUUAUGAAAGAAAGAUAUUCUUUGUAGCAGUGAUAAGCACUCCCCUCUUCUAGCAGCAAACAGAGCUCCAGAUAAUGACCAGGUGUGUCAGACUGCAUCUGGGUAGUGUUUGUCUAGACUGGUUAGCGUUAGUGAUGGUGAACGGCUAGAAGGCUUGGAAAGAGAACUACCUGAGCUGUGACUUCACGGAACAACCGCUAGGUACACCUGUUCAUCUUUCAAGUGUAGAAGGAUUUGUCCAUGAUGUGCGUCAGCGAGGAUUUUCAGGCCUUUUCACCAACUCACCUUUUUUUCUAGAACAGGUGUUGGAUAUAUAAAUACUCUCGUGUGUGCACACAGAUGCAUGCACACAUACAUAUUUUUAGUAUAAUGUUGGCUGGAUUUUGUUAUAAAGGUCUUGUCAUUUGUUUUAUUUAUCUGCAUAUAGCAAUGAUUGGCUUUUUGAAUUGAAAUGUUUUGCACCUGCUUAAUGCACUAAAAUAGGGAAAAUUAUUUGUUUCUGAGCACUAAAAUUAUGUUUGUAUUUCUGUAAUCCUCAUAUCCGGAUCGUAGGGAAGUUAGGAGAAAGGUAUGAUUUUUGUGAGUGUUUUGAAUUACUGUCCGACUUACAUAAACAGUUAUGACAAACUUUUUAAAAAAUACAUUGUGUUAUGCUCUAGAAACCUGAAUAUUUAUAUUUCUUGUCUUUUUCUUUAUAUAUUUUACAUUUUAAUAUGUUGAACCACUGGAAAUCUGUAAGAUUAAUUCGUGACAGGAGUUGGAAUGUGUUGUCAUUGUCCCCAUUGUCUUCACCUUGUCUAGAGCCUACUAUGGAAACAAUAAAAUCUGUUGUGUCAGUUUAUUUGAA